AAGCGGAAAGCAGCAGUGCGGCGGCGGCGGCGGCGGCGGCGGCGGCGGGGCUCUGCCUCUACAGGAGCCCAGCGCAGGCCGCAGAGCCGGGGCCGCUGCGAGCCGAGACUGCGGGCCGCGGCGCCCGCACGGCCGGCGCGGAGGCUUUGAACUGCCCCAAGCAAACGCGUCCCGAGAAGUGCGAAGCUUUAUAAAAAUUUAAACGCGUCGGUGGCGGAGGCAGGAGUGGGGCGGAGCCGCGGCCUGGCGGCCGGGAGAUGAGCUAGUGAGACUUGGAGCCGAGAAAUCCGUGGCUCAGUUUUCACAGCUUCAAACCAGAGUUUGUUCCCGUCGAAGAGUGACUCCUUGAUUCCCAGGCCCUUUGAGGUCUGAGGAGUCCAGUAGGUGAAAUUCUCUCUACCUCUAAGGAGAAACAGUACCUGCUCCUGCAGCGAGACAAGCCCUCCAUUGCUAUGGAUACCGAAUCCACGUAUUCUGGAUAUUCUUACUAUUCAAGUCAUUCGAAAAAAUCUCACAGACAAGGGGAAAGAAAUAGAGAGAGGCACAAGCCACCCCGGAAUAAAGAUGGCAGAGGGUCAGAAAAAUCUGUCACCAUUCAAGCUCCCACUGGAGAGCCCCUGUUGGCAAAUGAUUCUGCUCGGACAGAGGAAGCUCAGGAUGACAACUGGGGCGAGACCACCACGGCCAUCACUGGCACGUCGGAGCACAGCAUCUCACAGGAGGACAUUGCCCGCAUCAGCAAGGACAUGGAGGACAGCGUGGGGCUGGACUGUAGGCGCUACCUGGGGCUCACCGUGGCUGCGGUGCUCGGACUCCUGGUCUUCCUCACCCCCAUUGCCUUCAUUCUGCUGCCCCCCAUCUUGUGGCGGGACGAGCUGGAGCCUUGCGGCACCAUCUGUGAGGGACUCUUCAUCUCCGUGGCAUUCAAGCUCCUCAUUCUGCUCAUCGGGACCUGGGCGCUGUUUUUCCGGAGGCAGAGAGCUGACAUGCCGCGGAUCUUCGUGUUCCGUGCCCUCCUGUUGGUCCUCAUCUUUCUCUUCGUGGUCUCCUAUUGGCUUUUUUACGGGGUCCGCAUUUUGGACUCGCGGGACCGAAAUUACCAGGGCAUUGUGCAAUAUGCCGUCUCUCUCGUGGACGCACUCCUCUUCAUCCACUACCUGGCCGUCGUCCUGCUAGAGCUCAGACAGCUGCAGCCCAUGUUCACGCUGCAGGUGGUCCGCUCCACCGACGGCGAGUCCCGCUUCUACAGCUUGGGACACCUGAGUAUCCAGCGAGCAGCAUUGGUGGUUCUGGAAAAUUACUAUAAAGAUUUCACCAUCUAUAACCCCAACCUCCUAACAGCCUCCAAAUUCCGAGCAGCCAAGCACAUGGCCGGGCUGAAAGUCUACAAUGUAGAUGCUGCUCUGAUGGCCAAACUGGAACUUCCUGUGACAGAUGGCCCCAGUAACAACGCCACUGGUCAGUCCCGGGCGAUGAUCGCCGCAGCUGCUCGGCGCAGGGACUCGAGUCACAACGAGUUGUAUUACGAGGAGGCGGAACAUGAGCGGCGGGUGAAGAAGCGGAGAGCAAGGCUGGUGGUCGCAGUGGAGGAGGCCUUCAUCCACAUCCAGCGUCUCCAGGCUGAGGAGCAGCAGAAAGCCCCAGGGGAGGUGAUGGACCCCAGGGAGGCUGCCCAAGCCAUCUUCCCCUCCAUGGCCCGGGCUCUGCAGAAGUACCUGCGUACCACUCGGCAGCAGAACUACCACAGCAUGGAGAGCAUUCUGCAGCACCUGGCCUUCUGCAUCACCCACAGCAUGACCCCAAAGGCCUUCCUCGAACGGUACCUCAGCGCCGGCCCCACACUGCAGUACGACCGGGAGCGCUGGCUCUCCACGCAGUGGCGGCUCGUCAGCGACGAGGCUGUGACCAACGGGCUGCGGGAUGGACUCGUUUUUGUCCUUAAAUGCUUGGACUUCAGCCUUGUCGUCAAUGUGAAGAAAAUUCCGUUCAUCAUGCUCUCGGAAGAGUUCAUAGACCCCAAAUCUCACAAAUUUGUCCUUCGCUUGCAGUCCGAGACGUCGGUUUAAAAGUUCUAUAUUUGUGGUUUUAUUAAAAAAAGAAAGAAUAUAUAUAGAGAGAUAUAUGUAUACCAGAGGGGCAUCUUUGUUUUUAUUAUUCUUCAUGGCUGACUGAGCUGGCACAUGAGAAACCAGGGUCCUUUGACCAUCUGCACUUUAUUUGGAAGGAAGCAGAAGAUGGCCAUCCUGGAAGAAAGUGACUGAUGACGUCUGACUUGGGGAUGGGCCGUCUCCAGAAGCGGUUCCCUGGCAUUUUCUGUGACGGCUGCAAACCAAAGCAGAGCUGGAGGUUCUCAGGAACCCUGCCUUACGACACGCCCCUGCCUCUCGUCCAGCACCCAGCCCUGCCCUGGCUUCCGGCCGUCCCACUCCUGGGCCUGUAGGGCACACAUCUUCGUCCUGUUUCAGGGAACCCCACAGGACCUGUCCACACGUGUUUGUGUGUGUAAACGUCCAGCACCACGGGAGCCAUGGGCUGUUGGUGAAAUGCCUGCCUUCGUCUCCGUUCUCUGUUGCCUUAGGUUCUGCAGAGAAGGAUCAAAAUGACAAGCGUGCGCUGUCAGUUUACAGCUCUUCGUGAUUUUUUGUUUCCCAAAGAGAGAAUUUGCCUGCCCUAGUUCUGACCUGCUUGCCUACCAGCUUGAGCAGGUAGCCCUUUCUUAACCCUGUGAAGGCCCGCCUGCCCUCUCUCCAUCCUGGCCAGCAGGCCUGGCCAGGAGCCCAGUCUCCAGAGCCACAGGGGACCUGGCUGUUCACGUGUGCCCUGGGGCUCCAUGCACAGCCUCGGGUCUGCCCCAUGGAUUGUUUGUUUGUGUAGGAAAGGGUGGUGUGCCCACCAGGCAGGUCCCAGGGAGAGCAUGCCUGCUAGGGUGUUCCCUUUAGGCUGCGGCGGGAGCCCCUCCCCUCCCGGUCCUCCUCCAGCUGCUCCACACCCACCAGGGAGAGACCCACACUGUGACUCUGGGGCUGGCACGUUUGGCUCGGAGCCUCUAUUUCCCAGGAGAUAUGUCCUCACAAAGCUCCAUAGCAAGCUGCCUUGCCAGGGGACAGCUGCAGCGUCCAGUCCCUGACUUCUGACCACCGUCACUGUGUGCUCAUUGCCUCUGCCCCUUACUACCCGGGAAGGGGCUGAUUUAGGCCCUGGUGCUAAAUUACUUGUCGUUGGUAGUCAAGUGUGGAGAGGGAAUAGGCAAGAUCCAGCAUUCGGGAAAAGGAACGUAGGGAGAUGAUCUUAGGGUUCAAACGAUGCCUGCCUGGUGUGUUCUUAGAUACAGCUGGUUUCUGGGGGCUUUCCCAGGCCUGGGGGAGCAGCUGGGCCAUAUUCUAGGAGGAGGCACCCUGAAGCAGAGCCCUGCAGCAGUCUUCAGUUCCUCCACCUACCUUCCAGUAUCCACAACAAACUUUUGCCAAAUACUCACUCUUGCUUUUCCCUGGUGGUUAGGCUAACCAGUCACCUUUCUUUAGCCAAGGACAACACUGUCCAGUGCUCUUUUCACAUGUGUUCCCAUGUAUUCUGACUGGUGUGUUCAUGCCAGCAGGGGUGCAGUGUUUGUUAUUAUUGUCUUAAACCACACUUGGCUUUCGCUGUUUGUCACACACCUGAAUCUGAAAAAGUAAACAGCCGUCUUGAAUCCACAGCCUUCGGGUCAGAAAGAAGAUGUGUUGGAAAAGGAGGAAAAACUGGUCGGUAUGGAGUGGAGCCAAGAUGUCCUAUUUAAUUGCAUGGUUUUGGUUUAUGAAAAACACUUACCAUGUAACCAUGGUGCUUUUCUUCUUAGUUUUGCCUUUAGGUCCCCUUCAAACUGGACAUUCCUUAUGAUGAUGUCUUUCUCAGGAAUCUAUUUUGGGAGACUGGGCAAGGGAUGGUGAAUGUACAAUGAGACUUUGGCGACAUAAAGGUUAUACUGUCUCAGACUAAAGGUAUCAGAGGCUGCUGCAUCAGGAACCCAGCAAUAGAAGUGCCAUACACAUAUAUUCAUAUGGUUAAUAAUGACACUAUCCAUCAGCGUUCCAUAAAACUGCUUCCAACCCUGUCUUCAAUUACCAGUCCAGAAGGGGUUAAGUUGGAGUCAUGGUUUGGGUGCCUCCCUUCCCAGCAGGGUGAAGAAAGGUUUAAAUUAAGGAAUUUUUUUUUCUCUCUCCACCCCUUUGUCUCUCUCCCAGUCUUUGCAUAGACUUUCUGACUUUGUCAGACUUUCUGAAAUUACUGUUUUUGUUUUAAAUUGAGUAUCGAUUUUUUUUAAUGCUGACUUUGUAUUGAGUCCUUUUUGAAAGAAUAACAUAAUAAAAUGCAGGAUCUUUGUAUCAAGCCUUUGCACUUGCAAACUCUUAAUAGCUUGAGUUACUGGUGCAGUGGGAACAAUGUAGAUGCCAUUUAAAAAAUUUUAAGGUUUCAGAAAAACUGUAUCACACAGCUGAACACAAUGCAUUUCUAUUUCAGUUCUUGGAGCCAAUCGGCUAUACUUUUUAAAAAGGAUAAACUGUGCUAGUAGGAUUAGAUAAAUCCGCACUGGGGGAGACAGGAUUUUUUUGCCUUAAAUGUUUAUAGAUUUUCUAUAGUGAACCUAAGUUAUUAAAAUGUGAACAUUAAACAGUAAGUAGAAAAACUUAAUGAGGAGUGUGUGUCUGAGGUCACUCUCUUCCCUCCUGAUGUUUUAACCAGUAGAUAUCUAAUUUCUGUUUUUAAGUGGGUACUGUUGAAGAUAAUGCCAACUUUUAAUUGUCCAUGAACUGAACUGCGUUCUUAGAGGUGGAAGGGAUUUCUAGGUUUGUGAUUGAUUCAUCCUUUGCAUCAUCAGCUAAGUCAAAGUGUGUAAUACUUUUGCUAAAGUUUAUAAAGUAAGCCCUAGAGAAAAUGCUUGCUCCGUUUUAUUGUCCAACUAUCACCAUCUCCCUCUCCUUUUCAAAUCUGUGGACAGGACAAAUUCUGUAGGGCCAAAGGAUAGAGGAGGUGGCCCUGGUACGUGUGUGUGUUGUGCUGCUCACUGCCAGAGCUCGGACCUCCUUUGCAGCGGGGAGGUCGUAGCUGUGUGGGUGCACGUCCCGUGUGGGAGAUGUGCCCCUCUCCUCACCAUAGGUGGUGGUAGCUGAGUGCUCUCAUUCUCUUGUCUCCUGGUUGCUUUACAGCCAUGUAUUUAGAUGAGGCUGUAAGCCUGGAAAGCCGUGAGCCUAUUAGGCUGACAGAAACUGACGACCCGCCCCUGGGGGAGUGCCUGUUGCAGCCGCUCAGUGAAAUCAGCAAAAUCGGGUCCUUGGUUUACCCUCAUCUACGGGAACCCUGCUGUGUAAGGAUGCAUAGUUGUUUGUGGCUGUGUGUUGCAAUAUAUGUGAGCAUUUCUCUUGAGUGUAACUACCAACAGAUGGACGGCAUGUUUAUGUUAGCCAUCUGAUCAUCUGUGCUAUCUGUAGCAAGACUGGUGUGUAUCUCAGCAGAUAACUUGUGGAUGGGUUUAUAUGGAUGAGUGUGUGAAAGUCCGUGUUUCUACAUAGGCCCUGUGUUUGGGAGAUUUCCUAACAACACCCAUCUUCUGGGAGGUUACUCUAAAGCCAUUUAUUUCUCCCGCCCUUCCUUCUCUCCUUUGCCUCAGUUACACUGGCUUCUCCCCAGGAGUAAAUGACUUUAGCACAGUGAGGUCUUCUAGAGCACCGCUGCCCUCCAGGCAAGUCCAUUAGACUCUUCCUUGCCUCUGGACCCUAUGACCUGAAAACAGAAAGAAAGAAAAGUCUAGCUCCAUGAUAAGCAACUGCUCCAACUUCACUACCCUGAAAGCCUUACUGUAGAAUUCUUGAUCUAACUCAAAAAUUGAACUUCAUUUAAAAAAAGUUGAUGACUAAAAGCACAGAAAUGGUGCCAUAAUAUUUAAAUAGUCCAGCAGAGACCCUGCAGUUGUUAAGUGAUUUAUUUCUGGGUAGGCUUUGUACUUUAUAGAUCUUGUUUUACCAAAAAAAAAAAAAAAUCACUACCAUGAAUUUACUCCUGUGUAACCUUAUGGUCAUAAUCCAUUGUAAAUGAAAUAUGAGUUGUUUUCCUAAGCCCAUAGCGCAGUUUUUGAAUGGUAGUCAGUGUGGUAGUUGUAUUAGGAACCAUAGACACUAUAUUAUUGAGCUUUAAUCAAGUGGAUGCCCAGAAAAUUAGAUUUUGGAUCACAUUUUUGAGAAAACAUAUUUGGGUCAAAGAAGGAAGAGAAGGGUAAUAGGGUGUGUUUAUCAGCUAUUGUUACGUUAGACGCUGUCCUUGAAGGUGAAUUCCUUUAAAUCAGGGGUUAUCUCAAUUUUACAGGUGAGAACCAGGAUGAGCAGAGAGAAGAAUGUGCCUAAAAUCUCACAGUUAAUAAAUGAAAUUUCCCAUCUAAUGUUUGACUCCAAUCCCAUGGUACCUUGAGGUAUUACCUAUAUAAUUUGGCAUUUUCUGGAUGUGGAGGAGAGAGAACCAGAGGGCACUUAACCUUAAAUCAGAACCUGGGGAGGGGGGUUCAUUGGAGGUGGAAUCGCUUCUCUUUGACUUUGGUUUUGUACCCAGACUAUGGCUCCAAGGCAAGCUGCCCCGUGGCACUGGCAGAUUUCCUCAGGACUUUUGAUGGAAAGAAGUUGAAAAUCCCCCUUCCUUUAGGAAAACCAGCCCUGCCAGUGCUGCACUUGCUGUAGAACUUGGGUGCUGUUGUUCCUGGCAGUCACUUUGGGUUUUGCCCCUCCCACCCUUCCGUUCCCACCCUGCUGGCUUGGGGAGGUGUGCUGGGGCUGACCUGGCCUCCUCCUGACCUGAGAAGGCCUCUUCCUGGUGCUUUGUCAACAUUGUACCCCAACAGUGUCCCCCCAUCCCGCCCCCCGUUGAGGUGGGGAGGGCCUGCCUACAGCCCCAGCCGAGGGAGGUAUAGGACUGGAGCCCCUGGCCUCCAUGCCUGACUUCCUUGUUCUCAGCAAGCGCUUCCAUCGCACUAUUUUCCCCCACAUUUGUCCUCGAGAGUUUUAAUCAAGAGACCUAAACCAGGGCUCUGAACACACCGUUUGUGUCUCUUCCACCGUCUUGAGGUUUCUGUUGCGCAUAAACUACCUUCUUCUUGCCUGCUGUUUGCUCUUGGUGGAGGAUAGGAAGGGAAAGAUGACGCGCCUCUCAGCUUUGCUAUUAGGUUGACUAAAAAGUUUGCUCAGAUUUUGCCAUAAGAGGGUAUAGAAAAGCCCGAAGGAACUUUUUGACCAACCCAAUACUUAACUAGGAAAGAGCACGACAUUUUCAAAGGGUAGGUAGAAAAUGUAAAACUACUGACUAAAAGUAGAUUUUAGUACUCUGUGUCCCUUUUACCAAGCCUGUCCCGUUUCUCCUUAGAUAACCCAAUUUGUUUUGUAUCACCUGAAACAUAAACCUCUUCAAUGAGCUGUUUUAGAGCACUCCAGCACAACUGCAGAUUUCUGAUACCUGAAGCAGCGCAAUCAAAUGUUACUCCCAGUAUGGCACCGGGAAUCUACAAUUGAUACGUCUCUCAGCUUGAAAACAUCAGUGUUUUGUUCUUGCUUUGGUGGGAUAAAAACGCUCUUAUCUUAAGCCCUGGGGACAAAUGUGACCAACCCCCAGGAUUUUAUCUUGAGUGUCCUUGGCACUUCUUUUGGCACUGAAAUAAUGUUUGGAUAAAAAUAGUUGAAUAUACAGUGUCUGGUUUUAUAUUUGCUUGUUCUUAUCUGAGUUUUCCCUUGUAGACAUGAACUUUCACUCUGAAGGAGGUCAUCCUUUAGGAGUAUUUAAACCCCCAAAAGCCCUCACCUUGGGAAAGGUUCAUAUCUAGGGACCAGAGACUGUUGCUCAGGGAAUUAGUAAUAGGACCUGGACAUCUGAUCUGCGGGUGUCCAGUCUAGUUCAGUUCAUGUUAUAGGGAACUUAGUUACACAUCAUCACCAUUCCAGGGGUCAGGUGGAAAGAAGUGGCUGACACUUUUCAUUUGCCAGUGCCCCACAGGUAUAGAAAUAAUAGAGUAUUCAUUUAGCAUUGAUUAUCGUUCUAAAAAAAAAAAUCCAAAGUGUGCUAAUAAUUCCUUAUUGUUAUAAUGGGUUCACAGUAGGCUUUAGCUAAAUAGCAAACUCCUCUGGGACUCCUAAAUUAUGACAUAAUUAACAAACUUUGAUUUUCAAGAAGUUGUUUAUGACAGCUAUUGCCUGGAGUAUAGGACACCAGCCAAGAUGAGGGCAGGGGUAGAUACAGGCUCACUGGAGUGGUGAAAUAACUCGUGUUGUCAUGACCACUUCUUCAACAAAGAUGCUAGGCAGAAGACCAGAGAGACUGGGACCGGGUCUUACUCAAGGAAAAUUUAUUUAACAAUCACUUUUGUGUUGAAAGAACUUUACAUUUCUGGAUUUAGAAUCCAGUAUCAGUCCAGCGAGUUCAGUAAGGAAACCAUCUGUCUCUAUCUGAUGGAGCCAUAACUGUGCAGAGAUGUGGCCAGGGGUCUUUUGUGUUCUUAUUAGUUAAUACCACAGUUUGUAACCAGGAGGGGCAGUUUGGCUGGUUAGCAAAGUCCACAGUCACUACAUAGGUAUGACAAAGUCUAAGUGUGACUUCUUGCAUAAACGGGGUGGUGGGCUUUAUUGAGAUGUUUCAAAUAUGUGAAUGAAUGAAUUACACUACCAGCAACCAUCUGCCCAAGUACAUUUGUAUACAUUCAUAAGGUGUACCCUGUGAAGCCUCUUCUCAUUGUAACAUCAGUAACAAAGUUAGAGUCUAUAAGGGGCAUGGUGUACCUGGUAUCCAAGUUAUUUUGUUCUCUUUUGGGUCUCCAGUUCCAAUGAACUGUAAAACAUUUUACAUGUUACAUUUUUUAUACUGUAAAACUUGGAAAAUAAACUGAAAUCCCAAAUUA